CACGGGGGUACCCGAUGAGGUCAAACUGGCGAUCAACCCAAUGAGGGCACCACUGAAAACCAAGCACAUCACCACUCAAUUGGACACGAUACUAUUUCCACACGAGGAGAAUGGCCGACGACCCAGCCGAUCAGCAAUCCAGUAGCACACUGUCUCUCAGUACCUUUGAAGAACCUACGUUUAGUGUUGCUUCCCUGCUAGCUGGACUCACAGAAGGGCUCAUCAAGGAAGACAAACAGAGUGGAAAAGCCUUCAACCCGGACCCAUUCAUCGCUACUCUGGAAGGCGCAAUCGAACAACUUCUUCCCCUACAAGACCAAGUCGACAAGAAAAUCAAAACACUCGAAAAGGAUGUGGCUCAGAAGGAACGAAGCUAUCGGACGAGGAUUGAUGAUUUCAAAAACGGACUCAACAAUGUUACCCAAGAAUUCUCCGGUUUGAAUUCCAAAAUCACCGAGGUUGGGAAGACCGCUAUCAGGAUAGGUGAACAGCUGGAAUCUAUUGAUCGGGUGCGCUCACGGGCCACCGAAGCACACGAUAUCAUUCUUUACUAUAACGAGUUUGCGCGGGGGGAGACCACCCGAUUAGAAGCACUGCGCAAGGAAGGCAAAGACGGUAGGGCUAAGGUUGCUGUGAUUGCUCGACGGCUACUCACCGUUGCUAGAGAAAUCGAAGGUGUCGAUGGCAGUGAGGUGACUAAAGCGACGAUCGAAAAGUACGCAGAACGGUUCGAGAAAGAUAUGCUCCGACUAUUCGAGAAAGCAUAUCUUAAGGGUGAACCCAAAGCCAUGGCACAUUGUGCUCAAACACUGCUCGAGUUCAAUGGUGGAAGCUCGUGUAUUCAAAUCUAUGUCAAUCAACACGACUUCUUUAUCUCUCGGGAUCGGAUUGAGGCCGUCGAUUACGUGGCGGAGGCGCCCAUGUGGGAGUCAUUAGCAGACCCCAACCAAGCCGCACCGAAAACAGAACCCCAACUAGCGGCUUUAUACUCAGAUAUUAGGGACCAGAUAUCACAAGAAGCUCAGAUCAUCGAAGUCGUCUUUCCUCAUCCGGUCGUCGUCAUGCAAGUCUUCCUCCAAAGAGUCUUCGCUCAAGUAAUCCAAAGUCAUCUCGAAAAGUUGAUCAAUGCUGCCCAAGGUAGCAGCACAUUGGCCUUUUUGAGAGUCCUUGCACUGGCUCGUUUCAGUACGGCUCAACUGGUAAACGAUAUCAAAGCACAUGACUUCUUUCGCUCCAGUUCUUCGAUCAGCUCAUCUACAACCGAGACUUAUACACUGGCCAGACGUGGUAGCGAUGAUGCUGAUGUGGAUAACAAAGCUUCUGUUGGUGUCAUCCAAGCCAUUUCCGGAGGACCGGGUAUCUCCGCGCUUUCCAGCAUGCUGGAUCAGCAACUCGAGGAACUCUUUGGUCAACAUCUCGACAACAGUCGAUAUGUGGAACGCGAAUGCAAAAGUUUGACAGAGUUAUAUGCAAGCUAUCUACUACAGUUUGCAAGAUGGCACCGUGCAACAAACAAAGCCAAACCGACAAACACGAUUUUCGAUCGAAUGGUCAAUCAAAUCUCUUCCUCAGCCAAUGGAACCCCCGGAACAACCCAAACGAGUGGUCUCAAAUCUUUGCUAAAACUCAGUGGAAUCUCGGCCGAUGAUUCAGCUAACCCCUUGAAUGAAGAACUUCCAACCACCCCUGAACUCUGCGAAAGUGAUGGUCAGUUGGACUUGAAUGUUGCCGAGAAAUUGCUUACUUGGCACGCAGAGAGUGUCGGACGAAUGAUUGAACUGUCUUCACCGAGUGAAGUACCCAAGAAUGUGUUUUCCCUGCUCAAGACACUUGCCGAAAGUUUUUGUAAAGGAUACAUCGAAACGGCACUCGAAACAUCCCUAGCCCAAUUCUCGAGUUACGACUUCAAGGCUGAACCGAGUCUGAAGCCGAUGACGGUGAUCAAAACCGCGGAUAUGGCGAUGCAUCUGUGGCAAAGAUACGUGACAACAGCGAUCGUCCCAUUGGCUGCUGUCAGUGUGAACAUUCGAAGAGAGAUGUCAAUCUUCAAUAAUCAUAUCCUAGUCCGAAUCGAAAACAAGAUCAAUUCGGUGGCCCAGAAAGCCUUGGAAUGUGUGCUAAGUUGGCUGAGUAUUAGUCUAGCGAAACAGAAAAAAUUAGACUUCAAACCGAAGAAUGAUGAGUUGGAUUUUUCGAGGACUCAUACGGAGGCUUGUGCGGCCUGCACUGGAUUCUUGAAUACCACUCGGACCAUAGUCAACCAAUCAUUGAGUGGAAAGAACAGUGAGAUCUUCUUGAGUGAGGUUGGGGUGGUGUUUCAUAGUUUCCUGUUGGAACAUUUGAAAAAGUUUCCGGUUAGUGCGAUGGGUGGUUUGAUGUUAACCAAGGAUCUGACGAUGUACCAAGACACGAUUGCCAAGUUCAACAUCCCCGGAUUGAAUGAGCGAUACGAGAUGAUUCGAGAACUGGGGAACAUCUUUGUCGUCCAGCCCUCGAUCCUGAAGUCUUACCUUGGCGAAUCGGCGAUGUUGGGGAGGAUCGAUGGCAAGCUGUUGAGGCCAUUCUUCCUCAUGCGAGUCGAUUAUGGUGAUCAUCCCAAGAAGUUCUGGGAUGAGGUCGUCGGCGAGUCUAAGCAUCAUGAGUUGGGCGCCGCUGGCGCUCAGGUCGACAGAGGUCUUUGGCUUGGGAUCACCGGUGCUUGAUACGCUUCUUCUUCUUCCCCCUCCUCCUACUCUCUGCGGAUCAUCACGAUGGUGUGUUUUAUGUAAUCCUUUGUCAUUAUCUUCUUUUUUAUUUCUAAUGUGUAAUCCAGUCGAGUUGUACCAAGUUAUUAUUUUCUCAAUUAAUUGUUUUAUGAAAACGGAACAUCUUCAACAAUCACACC